AUGUUGAAUAGACUCCAAGAAGAUAAGUUGAAGCGUCAAAGUAUACAUUUGGUGUUAAUAUUAAAAUUACAAAAGGGCAUGCAAAGAAUUUAGUUAAAGUAUUGCCUAUUUUAAUGCUGAAUAAGAAAAAUAAUAAUAAUUAAAGAAUGAAUAGAAGUUAAAAUAAAUGAUCAAACAGAAAUUAAAAUCAUUUCCUAAACCUAAGAAUGAAUUUACUGUAGAAAUUUCACAAGUGGAUACUAAAGAACAAAAAGAAAUGUAAUUGUAAGAUAGGAUUAUUUUUAUUUUUAGAGAAAAAACUUCUUUAAAAAUCACAGGCAAAUUAUAAGAAUUCUUAUAUUUAAGAUUUCUCAGUUUUAGAAGGAAGAUCAGAAUAUUUUCUUUAAUUUGA